AUGAUGAAAGGGGAAGAUUCCGAGGAAGUAGAGAUUGACUUGGGGGACCCUGAUGAUAAUGGGGAGGAACCUCAGACAUUGUGGAAAGUGCCUGUUCCUCUGGACGAAGAGGAGAACAUUCAUACAACUUCGCAAGUGGAAAUCAGUGAUACCAAGCCUCUGAUUAAUGCCAGAGACCCCCGAGGUAUCAAUGACUGCCUCAAGGUGGCGUUUGAGGAUGUGAUUGCUGAGCCAGUGUCUGUGCGCAGUGGAGACAGAGUGUGGAUCUGGAGCAACGCCCUCUUUGAGGUGUCGAGGAUUUGGAUCUACAGGAUAGUCACAGUGCUUCUGGCCAUUCCCAUGUCAGUUAUUUCUGGUCUCCUCUUUGCCACCCUCAGCUGCCUCCACAUCUGGAUGGUUAGUCCUGGUAUCAAGUAUAUCCUUAUUGGCACCUGCUGGCUGCAGAACUUAUGGGACAUUUUACUGGAUGUCAUUGUGCGUCCCUUCUUCACAAGCACUGGCAGAUGCUGUGGAAGCUUCAGCAUUCACCUGGCCAAAGAAUGAGACACUACACAUGACAAGAACAUCCACACUGGGCUUGUUAGUUAAGCACACCAUGUUCUUGUGGACUCACUUCUAGUGGGCAUUG